AUGGCGCUCAUUGCGGCCACCAACUUCGGACUUGGCCUCCUGGUCCUGUUUGUGCUGUCCGACUGCACCUGCGGGGCGCGAGGCGGAGGUGAGUUCCUGGGCGCGGCGCGCGAGAAGACAGAUGCUCUUUCUCCUGCCUUUGAAUUCCCCAUCACACCAAAGCCCAAUCCUGGACAACCAUGGUGUGAGAUUCGAGGCAAGGUCAAUGGAAACAGGUUUCUGUAUUACGCCUGUGGGAACAAGAAGGUCGAAGUCUUUGGUCCUCUGGGGAGGAAUGUGAAUGACAUAGUGUUUUGGGAGAGACAGACCGAAACUCUGAAAGACCUGGCAGAAGAGCUCAAGAAGAAACUACUUGACUGGAAAGCAGCGGAUCUUAUACCCAGUGAUUCUCUCUCCCUGCAGGGCAGGCUGGUGUGUGUGCGUGGGGACAACGGACGCACCAGCGGAUCCUGGGAGUUUGACAUCAAUGAACAGAUAUCCUACUUCUUUAACUCAGAGAGUGGAAAUUGGACACUUCGUCCUAGAGGCCGACAGAUAAAGGCCUCAUGGGAGAGUGACAGAGAUUUGACCAAUUCCCUCAUGAAGAUCUCAGUUGGAGAUUGUAACAAGUGGCUUGAGCGAAUAUUGAUGCACUGGGAUGAACUGUGGGAGACAACAGCCCCGCCAGGCUCGCAGCAAGUCACGGCCCAGUCCGGGGCCACGGCCCUCAGACCCAUCACCUGGAUCCUCCCUGUGAUUCUCAGCCGCUUAAUCAUAAUUGGCAUCCAGGUAGAGUCUUUUAGAGUGACAGACCAGACUUUAAGAAUCCAGCGACGUCACCAACUUCCAGCUAUUACAAAGCCAUAA